AUGUCUCACAAACACCGAAGUUUAUUAAAAGUUUUUCAAAAUCUUGUGUCAACUAGACCAGGAGAAAAAGUUAUUUUGGUCCCCAAUGGUGCAGAAUAUGAAGAAAUUAAAUUUCAAGAUUUGGAUCUUAUUAUCAAUAAAUACGUUAAUUAUUGGAAUAAACAAUUAGAGAAUGAAAACUUGAAGAAAAAUAGUGUGAUUGGUUAUUUAUCACAAAGUGGUCCUGAAUAUUUGUAUAACAUCAUGGCCUUAUGGAAAUUGGGUUUUACAAUCUUAUUCCUUAGUCCUCGAAAUUCCGAAACUGCAUUGAUUCAUUUAAUUCAAGAAGCUAAAUCGCGUAUUAUUAUCUACGAUCCUAAACUUUUAAAAACUUCCAAAAAUGUUCAGAAUGAAAUAAAUUCUCAAUAUACGCAAACGCUUAAUAUCUUUCAACAACCUAAUAAUUUAAAGAAUGAACAAAUUAAUCAUUUCGCCCCUGUUUUAAAAUUAAAUGAUCCUGAAAAUACCAUCGCCAUUUUUCAUAGUUCCGGUUCAAUCUCAUUUUCUAAAUUAAUUCCUAUCAGUCGUUUUAUUUUUAAUAUGGAUGCAAUUGAAAAAGCUGAUGAUAUUAUUGUAUCAACCGCUCCAAUAUUUCAUGCUUAUGGGGUAAUUGUUUUAAUAAGAGUUAUUGUAAAUCCUGGGCAUUUUCAAUCGUCUCAGGAUCAAUUCCUCUACAUUGAACAAAUUCAUAAAGAUCGUCCAGAUGAAAUUAAUGCGUUAUUAAAAUUAAAAGCUAUCCAUUAUGUUGGUGCUCCAUUGUCACCUAAAGUAGGAGAACAGCUUACUCAAUCUGGCGUCAAAAUUCAUAAUGCUUAUGAAUUGAUUGAAGCAGGAACUAUUAUAAAUGAUAUUGUUGAUGGUGCGAAAGAAUUAGUUAUAAAAAAAGGUUCCCCAAACCUUGCAUUCAUUAAAGGAGAAAUGGAGAAUGAUGAUUAUAAAAUAGAUGAUCUAAACUCUAAAAGAGAAAAGACAAAUCCAAUACCGAUUGAAGAUACAAUUCGCUAUAAUGAAUUUGUUAAACAUGCAGUCAUAGUUGGACAUAAUAGACCAUUCAAUUGUAAUAUAUUUAAUCCUUCGUGA